UAAUUGUUUUGAUUGUUUUGUUUUAUUAAUUAAUCAAUCAAUCAGAGUUUUUGAUUGAUUUAUUGGUGGUUUUUGAUUGUCUUUUUACUUGAAUCUUUUUCGUUGAUGUGAUUUGUGGCUGAAUGUGAUGAAUUUGGCUUACAAUUAGGCGAAAGGUGAUCAACUGAAUUUUUAAUAAUUUAUUGAAAAAUCUUUGUUGGUACAUCUUCAGUUGUUGGAUUAUCUUUGAGGGAUUGCUUGGAAAUGAAUCUAAUCGCUUAUUUGUUGACCUCAACGCCGGUUGCAAGUAUUUUGGGUUUACUUGGGUUAAUUGUUGUAUCAAUUAUAAUUUACUCAUUAUAUUUGUCUAAUUAUCGGAGAAAACGUGAUCAAUCGUUUGUAAAUACCUGUGUUAUUCUUGGACCUGGUGGACAUUGCAAAGAAAUGCUCACAUUAUUGGAGAGAGUAAAUUUUGUUUCCAAAUAUAAACCGGUAACUUUUAUCAUUGGAAUUGAAGAUAAAUUGUCAACCGAGAAAUUAAAGAAUAGCAAUUUACCAAUUGACAAAUCAAGAAUACAAUUCAUCCGAAGGAGUCGACAUGUUGGCCAGAGUUAUUUCAGUUCCAUCUUCACCACACUGAUUUCCCUUUUCGAUUCAAUCAAAAUCAUGUACAAUUAUAAAUGUGAUCUUCUAAUUUGCAAUGGACCUGGAACUUGUAUUCCUCCGAUGAUAAUUGCUUAUUUAAUUCAUCGACCAACAAUUAUCUUCGUUGAGAGUUUCUGUCGAGUUAAAUCACUAUCAUUAUCUGGUAGAAUCGCCAUUUACUUUGCUGAUCAUGUUCUUGUUCAAUGGGAAGAAUUAACCAAAAAAUAUCCUAAAUGUAAAUACAUUGGAUUGUUGGUAUAAAUCAAACAUAAUCCAAGGUAAUUGACAAAAUUAGUAUUUAAUUUUUUAUUCUUUUUUUUAACCAAAUUAACUAAUCAAUUUUUGUUAUACACAAAAUGACAAACAAAUGUUAGUAUAAAAAAAUUACCAUUCAAAAUAAAUACGAUUUUGAAUUGACUUUGAGUCAAAAAAAACAUAGUGAUGAUAUUAAGAUGAAUAUGAUCAGAGUUGGAUGAGGAGUUUGAUUAACAUUAAUGUGAUGAUUUUGUUUAUAAGAAAAAUAUUGUUACGAAGUUAUAGUUAAUUCAACUUAACGACGACUAUGUGUAUCUCUGUGAAGGAGAGGACGACAGAGUUUAAGGCCCAAUUGUGUAGUUAAACACUGAGAUAAAUCAUGAAGAUUGAUUUCCUGAUUGUUUCUUGAUGAAUUGAUUGUACAAAGAAAAAAAUUAUUUAUAAUAUAUAUAAAUGUGUAUAUACUGUGUUUGGAUAUUCAAUUGUAAAAUAAAAGUCUUUUAAAUGUUGA